AUUCACAUUCCAUGUAUCCGAUGAGAAGAAACCCUUCACUUGACGUGGAGUACUAUGAACUGUGAACAGUAUUUAUGAUCCCCUGGGAUUUGUCACUCCUGUUGUAAUACAUGAAAAAGACACUCUGGGACCUCACUUCUGACUCACACAGUCCCUUGACUGAAGCGUCUUUUUGGACGCUUCAGUCAAGGCGAUCGGUGUAGUGGCUUACUCGAAAAUCCUAGAAGCAGAUGGAAGUUGUCACAUAGGCUUCAUCCUAUGCCAAGGUAAGUUAGGCACACAACCAGAGUUCACCAUCCCUCGGCUAGAGCUGUGUGCAGUUUUGUUGGACUAUGAAAUUAGCAGAGCUCAUCACCGCUGAAUAUUCAACUCGACAGGAUCAGCUUCUUCACAGACAGCAAAGUAGUUUUGGGUUACAUUUUCAAUGAAAAGCAAAGAUUCUAUGUCUUUGUGAACAAUAGAGUCCAACAGAUAAGGAAAUCUACAAAGCCUGAACAGUGGCACUUCGUGUCCACAGAAAAUAACCCUGCAGAACACGCAUCAAGAUCCAUCCCAGCAGCACAUCUCAAAGACACUACGUGGCUCACUGGUCCCGCAUUCGUGUCACGGCCCGAGCAGAUGUUAAACAAGGAAGAUGCCUUUGAACUUGUGGAUCCAGAAUAAGACAUAGACAUUUAGCCCCUGGUGUCCAUACAAUGAGAAUCUGCCUCAUCGUCAGAUGUGUCACUUGCCCUAAACUCUGUAGCACCUUUGAAGUUCAAUAAAUGGCCAACUUACCUGUAGACCGCUUCAGCGCUGAACCUUCGUUCUCUCAUGUUGGUGUGAAAGUCUUUGGUCCGUGGUCUGUCUCCUCCCGUCGCACAAGAGGUGGGUGGUCAUGUUCAGCUGUCUGAGUGUCCACGCCAUUCACAUUGAAGUGAUUGAAUCGAUGGACACAUCUGCCUUCAUCAAAGCCUUAAGAGGGUUCUUAAGCAUCCGUGGACUAGUCAAAAAACUACACUCAGACCAAGGGACCAACUUCUUCUGAGCCUGCCGUGAGCUGCAGGUCCCUUCCAAAGUUGAGAACCAAGUGAAAAGAUUCCUCACAGAAAAAGGUUGCAUCUGGACGUUCAACUCGCCUAAAUCUUCUCAUAUGGGAGGAGCAUGGGAAAGAAUGGUAGGCAUUACAUGUAGCAUCCUGGACUCCAUGCUCCUACAGUUGGGGUCGAGUCCCACCCACAAGGUUCUCACAACGUUAAUGGCUGAAGUAGGGGCCAUUGUGAGACCUCUUACACCAGUGUCUUCAGACCCAGAGGAUCCAUUCAUACUCACCCCUGCAACAUUGCUUACCCAGAAGGUCGGCGCCUCUGUUGUUCCUCCUGGUGACUUCAACUGUAAAGGUUUUUACAGACGCCAGUGGAGACUAGUACAACAACUUUUGGGACAGGUGGCGAAAACAAUACUCUCCAGACACGAAGGAAGUGGCAGACUGAUAGACCAAACCUACCAUGAAAGCCAAACUAAACGGUAUGAAUGGCCUGUGGGAUGGAUUAACAAAGUGUUUCCCAGCAAGGAUUGAAGAGUCCAAAAGCUUGAAGUCAAGGUUGCCAGCAAGGGUGGGACUAAAGUGUUCCUCCAACCUGUGACAGAAGUCGUCCUGCUCCUUGCUUUAGCAUAAGAGUCCUUGAUCAUGAGAAAUUAGUUUGUUAGGUAGUGGUAUCCAGGGAUACCAAGCCGGGAAUGUGCUGUUACACAUCGUUAGUUUUUUUUGUACAUCUGAGAUUGUUCUCACCCUUGUGGUGCAGAUAGGAAUUGUGUUUCUUUAUAUGCACAGUGUUACAGUUGGCCUUUUGUUGUGAUGUCAUCAAUGCGCUUCCAAAUAAGUUAUUAUAAUACAUUUAUUAUAAAUUAUCCUACGAUCAUUUCAAGAUAAAAUUUUAUCAUACGCAAUAUUUCAUCAAUGAAGGCCAUUUAACUAAGGUCUUCUGAUACAGUAGAACCCACACAUCUGUAUUUCUGAUUUACGUGAACAAAUUCCAUUAACUGAAUCUACAUGUUCUCAUUUACAGAGCCUAUUAUGUCAACUGCUUAUACAGUGUGUAGAAAAAACAACCAGGGAUCCUGAUGGCAUGCAAGAAAAGUGAAGAAUCAUUAAAACUACAAGACAUUAUUUCCAAAAGCUCCCUAAUCCAAGAAGGACCUCCUAAACGGUAUCAGCUGUUACCAAAGAAGCAGAAUAUAGAUGGUACAAGUAAAGGAGAAUUUAAACUAAGAAGAUGGACCAUGGGAGAGAAAGACCCAAACAAGGUCAACAGAACUGUAUUACUGGUCGGAGAUACAGGAGCAGGAAAAACUACUAUGGUCAAUGCCAUGGUCAACUAUGUCAUGGGCAUAGAGAUGGAGGACAACAUCUGGUUUGAGAUCACAGAACAAGGCAAAAUAGGUGUGUCACAAUGUCAGACUACAGAAAUGACUGUUUAUGACAUCUUUGGGUUUGAGAACAAACAAGUCCCCUACUCUCUGACCAUCAUCGACACUUCAGGACAAGAGGAUGCCAAAGGGAGCCAAGGAAUCAUUGCACAGAUCCAUCAUUUCUUGUCAUUUCAAAAUGUGAUUGAUCAAAUUGAUGCAGUGGGUUUGGUGCUGAAGGCAACUGAGAAUCGACUAAGUAAAAGACAGAUAUUCAUGUUUGAAAAGGUCAUCUCAUUAUUUGGAGGGAACAUGCAGAGCAACAUUGUAGCCCUCCUCACACAUUCAGAUGGAGGACCAGCCACUAAUGCCCUUGAGGCCCUGAAAAAAGCAGACAUUAAAUGUGCCAAAGAUGAUGAGAACCAACCUGUUCAUUUCCUAUUCAACAACUGCCAGACUGUAACUACUUCAAUUAGAAGACAUAAAAAGGCCUCAAUGCUUGCGUGGGAGACAUCAAUGGAAGGCCUGGAGAAAUUUACAGAUUUUCUGAGACAAGUUAAACAUCAGGAGUUAUUAGGAGUCAAGAUGACUGCACAAUCAGUCCAGAUUCCAAAGAGUUUAUGGUCCAAGAUUUUUGGUGACAAGUCAGAAGAUGCAUCUUUCAAAGCAAUGAUCCUAGCAGCGCAACCCUGGAUGGCUGUAAACAGGUACAAAUGUGAAAGGAGAAGUGAAAAAAAAACAGCAAAACUCAAAGACAUCAUAAGCAAAAGUCAGCUAAUCAAUGCAGGACCCCCAAAACGGUAUCAGCUGGUGCCACAGAAGCAGUGCCUGGAUGGUAGAAGUGAAGAAGAAUCUAAAUUACGAAGAUGGACCAUAGGUGAAAAAGACCCCAAAAAAGCCAACAAAAUAAUCCUGCUGGUGGGAGAGACAGGAACGGGGAAAUCCACUCUGAUCAACACCAUGGUGAACUACGUCAUGGGUGUAGAGUGGGAAGACGAAGUCUGGUUUCAGUUUACAAAAGAAGGAGAAAGAAGUAAAACUUCUCAAAGUACAACUUCAGAAGUUACUGUUUAUGAGAUCUUCGGGUUUGAGGAGUGUAGAGUUUCCUACUCUCUCACCAUCAUCGACAGUCCUGGUUUUGGAGAUACCAAAGGGAUCCAAGAAGAUAAGACGGUCAUUAGGAAACUGCACGAUUUAUUCAGAUGUGAAGAUGGAAUUCAUGAAGUUGAUGCAGUGGGUUUAGUGUUGCAGGCAGGUACCAAUCGAUUGAGUGACAGACAGAAGUACAUAUUUGAUGUAAUUGUGUCUUUAUUUGGCAAAGACAUGAAGGAUAACAUUGUAGCACUCAUCACACACUCGGAUGGAGCACGAGCCUCAGAUGCGCUCCAAGCUCUCAAUGAUGCAAUGAUACAGUGUGCCAAAGAUACAGAGAAUAAUCCUGUUCAUUUCCUUUUCAACAACAGGAAAGAGAUUCGUCAUGAUCAGGACAUUUCCUUGAUGUUAGCAUGGAACACAACAAUGCAGGGCAUGGUGAACUUCACAAAGUUCCUUAGUAAAGCUCAACCUCAAAAGUUGAAGAUGACUGUAGAUGUUUUGAAUAAGCGUGUUCAGUUACAGGCUUGUGUCAACAACUUUAAAGAGCGAAUUAAGAUGAUCGAGCUAAAACAGAGACAAAGUCGGCAGAUCAAAGAAGCUAUUGAACAAUACAAUGCAGAUGCAAAAAAUGCAAUCACUGAAAAAGAAAUUGAUGAGCCAUACAAAGUGAAAGUCCCUUUACAUGGCUGGUGGGACAAUAAGGCUGUCACCUGUAAUGUCUGUGAGGAGAACUGCCACUAUCCAGGAUGCACCCUUGCCUGGAGGCCACGUUAUUGUGAAGUAAUGGUGAAUGAGAUCUGCAUGUCAUGUACUAACAAGUGCCACUACUCCAAACAUGUAAAAGAAAAAUAUAAGUAUGUUUUCAAGACUAAGAAGGUUAUCAAGGAAGUUGUAGAUUUGAUAAAGAAGAGGGAAUUCGAGAAAAAAGCAUCUGGGCAAAAACAGGUGUUGGCCGGACUACAGAAAGAGUUGGAUGUCUUUGAGAAAGAUAAAUCUGAAUUGGUUGAAGAAACCUACCAGUGUGUUGUCAAACUGGAAGAGAUCGCCCUGAAGGGAAAUACACUGUGCACUUACAUCCACCUGGACUUCCUGAUUGAUAGGAUGGAGGAGAAAAGAGAUACAGCAAAGGUCCAGAAACUGCAAGAGAUGAAGAAGAAAGCUGAGGAGGAACAAAAUGUAGGGAUAGAUUACAUACAAGGAAAGGGAGAAUAUGAACCCCUGUAAAACCAGAAAAGCCUAGUUCAGCUGGCCCGCGAUUAGAAGGGAUGAAUGUUGUUGCCCUCACUAGUUUCGAACCUGGGUCUCCCUCAUGAGCCGUGUCCUUAACCAUUACGCUACAGGGCUCCAUGUUUGCUGAGUGUAGAUAUAGUGUCUCGACAUUAGAUCAUUUUGUCAUGCAUUAAAAUCACGCCAAGAUUGAAUAUUUUGCUAGACACCAUUAA